UCUUUGUCAAUAUUCAUUUUUUUUCCCUUAGAGGCUACAAUAUCCCAUGUGAUUGAUGCUUGGUGUGGUAACUGUAGAGCCACUUUACCUGCAAAUUGUGCAGUUUCUAAUUGUUUCUUCUGUGUACCUUUUUCUGGAAAAUAACCAAAAAGGAAAAAGAUAAGGACACACACAACAAAAAGAAAAUUUUAGGUGUUAUAUCCUGAUCCUUAGAUUUCAACUCGCUGCUUAAUUUUCCUACUUGUGGAAAUCUCUUUAUAUUUUUGUCAAAUUGUGAUGUCCUUUUUCCUGCAAUGUGGAUGGCAAAGCUAUGACCAUAUUUAUUUAUCAACGGCCCCUUAUCAUCACACUGUAACUAUUACACGCUUUUGUGUUGCUUAGCAUCUUAAUUUUGUUUCAAUGAAUUUUUGUGUGAAUUUAGAAGAUGUUGAGCGUAUUUAAUCUGAGUACUAAAUGCAGAAGGGAAAUUUAAACUCAUUGAAUUUAGCGUGCCUGUGCCAGACUUGUACAGUUGGGAAAAGGAUUUGAUGGGUUCUAGAUUCCCAUCUCACCAGCUCAGCAAUGGCCUUUACGUGUCAGGCCGGCCGGAGCAGCCAAAAGAAAGAACACCGACAAUGACUUCUGCGCCCAUGCCUUAUACUGGCGGUGACAUUAAGAAGUCAGGAGAGCUUGGGAAAAUGUUUGAUAUCCCCGUGGAUGGCUCCAAGUCGAGGAAAUCUGGACCCAUAACAAGUGGACCUGCGAGGACUGGAUUAUAUACAGCUGCCUCAUCGCAUUCAGGACCUAUCAAUUCUGCUAGGACUAGCUACUCAACCUCAGGUCCCAUAUCAUCCUCAGGGGUGCCUGGUGCAGUUUCUACAAAGAAAUCAAAUUCUGGGCCCCUUAGCAAGCAUGGUGAGCCAAUAAAAAAGUCUUCCGGUCCUCAAUCUGGAGGAGUGACACCAACUGGCCGCCAGCACUCAGGUCCUCAAUCCUGUGUUAUCCGCACGUUAUCAAUCCACAAUUCUACUCAUUUGCAGCUUCCCCUAUUCUUUACUUGCUGUCCAUUACCCACUUCCACCAAAAACAGCUUAGUUUCUGUUUGUUUUAACCCUGAUGCUUCGGCCACUGCACGAGAGAUAAAGUUCAUCGGCAUCUUUCAAAGGUGCUGA